AUGUCGGUCAUGGUGGCGAGUCUCGUGGUGCUGUGCGCCGUCCUCUACGCCUACUCCGCCACCCCCUCACCGACCACCGCAGGGGUGGUGCUGUUGGCCUUUGUGCUGGGCCUUAUCGCCCACCGCGUGUGGGGUAGCACCCGCCCCCACCCCAUGGAGGCCCUCGCUGCCGCACGCUCCACGAAGCGCGCACGCGCCAAGGACUACCCGCCCACCUUCCCCAACGGCUGGUAUCUGUCACCCUAUUUGUAUUACGGGAGACGACCUACCGGCCAAGGGGGUGAAGCGUCUGGACACUUGGUCCUGUUCCGCACGGAGAGCGGCGAAGCCAAGGUGCUGGACGCGUACUGCCCGCACAUGGGCGCCGACCUGGGCGUCGGCAGCAAAGUGGUGGGCGACUGCAUCGAGUGCCCCUUCCACAAGUGGACCUUCAAUGGCGAGGGCAAGUGCACCCACAUACCCUACUCGAAGAAGGCGCCCGAGUUCGCCAAGGCGCGCUCGUGGCAGGUGUUGGAGUACCACAAGCUUGUAAGAGCACUAACCACUCCUAUCUACACAGAGGGCCGGAACCCGCCCUACGUGCCUCCCCGUAUCAAGGAGAUCGACGAGGGCAAGUUCGUGUACCGAGGCAAGUAUGAUGCCCUCGUCAAGAUGCAUAUUCAGGAAUUCGCUGAGAACAGCGCCGACUUCCAGCACUUUGAUCCCCUGCACGGCCAAAUGUGCCUCCCCUUCACCCUCAUCCCCAUUCCCGGCAUGCGCAUCAUCCACGAAGCUGAUUGGAUUCCAGGCAAAGGCGAUGAAUCGCACAUUGCGUACUUCCUGGACAAGGCCCACCUCCAGUUCUGCGGUCGAGACCUCCCUCGAACAGACGCGAAGGGCACCGUCUCGUUUGUUGGACCCGCGAGCAUCUGCUACUUUCGCUUUGAGACCGAGCUCGGAGAGAUUCUACUGUUCCACACGCACACGCCCCUCGAGCCGCUACUGCAGAAGGUCGAGUUCCGCUAUUGGGCGGACAAGAGCAUCCCCAGGUUGAUUCUGGUGUGGUACGUGGUGGGUAACUGGAUAGCGCAAUGGAAGAACGACAUCUCCAUCUGGGAGAACAAGGUGUGGCAGCUGAAGCCCAUCCUGGUCAAGGAGGACGGCCCCGUACAGAGACUGCGCAGGUGGUAUGCCCAAUUCUAUUCCAGCCAGUCGGCGGUGGAGAAGAACACCCUCGAGUGGUGA